UGUUCUCUCAAAUAUUUUGUGAUUCUCUCGCAUUUGUCUUUUAUUCAAGGUUUUAUUCUUGGUUUUAUUCAAGCCUUAACGCACACAUUCAUGAAACCAAAAAUUAUUCUUUUAAAUAUUUCUCAAUUUCUGUACGGAAUUGAGCCAGGAUGGUUAAUAGUAAUGUUUUUUUUGCCGGUUAUCUUGACAUUUCUCAUAUUAUUCCAUUUAAUAUUUAUCGUUUGGUGUUGCUUGAUGUGUUGUGCUUCAAAUGAAGGUAAAUCACAACCUGUACCAAGUUGUCCUGCUGAUGAAACAGUUGUCAACAUUAAUUCGUCAUCAAACCCAAUGCAUGAUGUUCCUAGGGCAGAACAGCAGUCCAUGCAAUUCAAUAAUCAACAGAUUAGAACUACCAGAAAUAAUUUAGAUGAUUCACCACCAACUUAUGAAGAUUGCUUUAGAUAAGUUUACAAUUUGGAACGAAAUCGUCUGAAAAUCUCAUAUAAAAGAGCAUUAAACAGAAUCUCUCAGAAGAAUUGCCUUAAAUAAUCGUACACAAAUUUAACAAAUAUGAGUUUCCUAUUUCUAUUAUUUGUUAGGUUUAAUUUAUAUUCGAAUUUUACCAGUUGAUUGUAAAUAAAAUAUGCAAAAUGUUCUCUCAAAAAUUUCGCAUUUGUGUUCUAUUCAAGACAACGCCAACGCACACAUUGAUGAAAUCAAAUAUUUCUUUUAGAUAUUUCUGUACGGAAUUGAGCCAGGAUGGCUCUAGCGAUGCUUUGGACGCUUAUCUUGACAUUUCUCG